UGGCGAAUCCAUGCAUGGGGAGAGUGAGGGGCGGCUGGUCAUGGCAUUUUACUAGUGGGAAAAACGUCGGGACCAGGAAAACAACAUUUCUGACUGUUGGGGUAGUUUUGGUGAUUUUACGUCACUGAAAGUAACCUUGGGCUACUUAUUUAGGAAGCGAAUUGAUUUUCUGGAGAGACACGAUUGUUAUUGUAUCAGAACUGAAAGCUAGCCUACUUGCUUGAGCAAUAGAUACAAAGUUACACCUCCCAGUCCACUGGAUAAUUGUGUGACACGCGGAUCUGGGACGACUACUCGCUGUAAUGGACCACUGGAUUUAAGGAAUUUGGGACGAGUUUUUGGUUCUGGAUUAACAAUUAGGUUCGUCCCCUUCCGUCUGGUGUCAAAACGGAUAGUCGGCAGUCAUGCCAGCGAAAACAAAGUACAAUCUUGUUGAUGAUGGCCAUGAUUUGAGAAUUCCAAUGCAUAACGAGGAAGCAUUCCAACAUGGGAUCAACUUCGAAGCAAAAUACAUCGGCAGUCUGGACGUGGCUCGGCCGAACAGCAGAGUGGAGAUUGUGGCUGCUAUGAGGAGAAUACGGUAUGAAUUCAAAGUGAAAAACAUAAAGAAGAAGAAGGUCAACAUCAUAGUCUCAGUGGAUGGAGUGAAGGUGGCACUAAGAAAAAAGAAAAAAAAGAAGGAAUGGACAUGGGAUGAGAGUAAGAUGAUGGUAAUGCAGGAUCCCAUUUACAGGAUCUUCUAUGUAUCUCAUGACUCCCAGGACCUGAAGAUCUUCAGCUACAUCGCCAGAGAUGGACAGAAUAACGUCUUCCGCUGUAAUGUCUUCAAGUCCAAGAAGAAGUCCCAGGCCAUGCGUAUUGUGCGGACGGUGGGCCAGGCGUUCGAGGUGUGUCACAAACUCAGCUUGCAACACACACACCAGAACGCAGAUGGACAGGAGGACGCAGACAGUGACAAGAACUGCAACGAGGAGUCCACACUCUCAGCCCGUGAGUUAACAGGAGCGGAGAAGUCGGUGGUUGCUGUGGAAACAGACAUUGAUGCUGAGGAGGCUCCCUUACCAUUACCGGACAGUACGGUCGAGGAGUUUAACCGUGGGGUCACUGACCUGGACGGAGUGUACUCUACUGCCAAGUCUCACCACACACACCUCAACAACCUCGACAAGAAGGUUCCAGAGGAGGCCUCUCUGUUGCUGGCGUCCCCCAGGAUGCUGCUGCCGUCGUCGGGUACUCUGCUCAACAGUGCUCCCCUGUCAGUCCACCACCAGAUUCACCUGCUACAGCAACAACUACAGCAACAGCAGCAACAGACACAUGUAGCUGUGGCACAGGUGCACCUGUUGAAGGACCAACUGAGUGCGGAAGCUACAGCCAGACUGGAGGCCCAGGCCAGAGUGCACCAGCUGCUGCUCCAGAACAAGGACCUGCUGCAGCACAUCUCUCUACUGGUCAAACAGAUCCAGGAACUGGAGGUCAAAAUGUCUGGGCCCAGGUCCAUGGGUUCCCAGGACAGUCUAUUGGAGAUCACUUUCCGUUCCACUUUCCCCCCAGUGUUGUGUGACCCAAUGACCCCUCGACCCCAGGACCACGCCAGCCACACCCUGCCAGCGCUGGGCAUCAACAUGGGCGUGGGCCAGGACAGUACGGUCAACCCACUCUUCUCUUCCUCCCUACCCCUGGGCAGCCCCCUAGUAGACCACAGUAUGUUUGAGAACUCCAACACCUCCAGAGCUCCAGGCCAGGGGCUCCAGGCCUCCAGGUUGACCCAGGCCUCGGCCCGUCACUCCCUGGUCACAGCUAACCCUGCCCUGGGUAGCAGCACUGCCGAGGCCCCAUCCUCCACCACUACCAAUGGAGGUCAGCAGAGGCUGAAGAACGCCCUGAACCUGGGCAAGGCUGUGGGGGCAAAGGUCAAUGACCUGCUGCGAAGGAAAGAGCCCAGUCAUAUAGGAGACAUCGGCGUCACAGAGAUUAACAAGAAUGUAGGAGCAGUCUGGAGCAAUAUGGAGGAGAUGACCCAGCGAACUACUGUCUAUAGUCAUGCCUCUCAGGACUCCUUCCCUCGUCUGGACCCCCCUCCUCCCGGUAAAAAGAAGCGUCUUCCUCGCACCCUGAAGACUACCCAGGACAUGAUGAUCUCGUCUAACCCCGUCGUCACCACACCCCCCGAGACCCUCGAUCACUCCCUCCUCUCCUCCCCUAACAAGACCUCCCUCAUCAGCAAUGAGCAGACCCCACCCAAGGGAGAGCAGGACAGAGAGAAUGACAGAGGGAGAGACACAUCCACCGGACUGACUGACCCUCUGGACAGCGAGAGGAAAGAGGAAGAGGUGAAGAUGGAUGGAGUGGAAGGGAAUGAGACAGAGGAGAGGAGAGAGGAAGAGCAGACCCAGAUUCAGCUCCAGCUCUCUGUCCCAGACCUUAUCCAUAAGGACCACGUGGUCCCCCCCAGGUCGAGGACGUCUGAGCCCAGGCAGAAGGCCCCGGGAGCAGACACCAGGCUAGCCUCCACCCCGCUAAAAGCUCCGUACAGGAUCAGUGUGAGUGAGGAUGGGCUGAUGGAGAACAGCUCCCUCUGUAGGAAAGGAUCAGCAGACACAGAGGAGCCUGAACAACACCCCGACCUGCUUUGAGAAGAGACACACACACACACACACACACACACACACACACACACACACACACACACACACACACACACAAAGCCUCUGGAGAGAGGGAGAGAUAAUGGGAACAGUGAUGUGGAGAGGAGCUGGCAGAAGGAGAGCAGAAGACAGAGAUUGUUUGUGUGAGAAUAAGAAAGGGAGGGAGGAUGUUUUUGACUAGACCCUAGACUAGGGUCUUCACUAGUUACUACAGCCACAAAGUCAUAAACCCCACCUAUUUCUACAGUUUCUCUUCUUAAAAUGUGAUUUUCAACCUUAACCACACUGCUAACCUUAUGGCUAAGCUUAACCCUAAAUUAACCCUAACACUUUUUUUUUAUGAUAUAGACAAUUUUGACUUUGUAUCUGUGGUAACUAGUGGAAACCUAGGGUUAGGGGAGAGAGAUAUAGAUCGAGAUAUAGUGUGUUUGUUUGAGUGAGAGUUGGAUAUAGUGGGAGAGGAACAGAUAGAGGAAGGGUAUGUGUGAGAGAGUUAAGAGAGAGAACAAGACAGAGAUGGGGAAAGAGUAUCUAUUUUAACAUAUCAUUAAGGGACAUACCAAAUCUUUUCAAGAGAACCACAACAUCUUGGUCUGCCAACACUGUUUUAUGUCAUGUUUUAUAUUGUUAACCUUGCAACGUAAUGUAGGAAGGAAGAUAUAUACCCAGACAUUCUCGAUUUCUAAAAUAAUCUAUUUCAAAUGUCAUAGUGCCCUUUUCAUGCUGAGAGAGAAUGUAUUUUUUAUGAUCUUUUAUAACUGUUGCCCUUCAGGAAAUAUAUCAAGCGUUCAGCAGGGAAUAUGAAAACCAAAGUGAACACGACAUUAACACUGAAGUUCAUGCUGUUGUGUCGGUGAUGUCAUCCUCACAACACAUAUUGAGAUAAGUAUUGUGGCAGACAUGCAAUUGGGUUUGUGCAGCCUGUACAGUAUGUGGGUUUGAUUUACAUUUGUUGAUUGACAGUCAUGGUUUUAGUAGUGCCAAUCACAGUCCUGUUGCUUUAUUUCCUUACAAUAAGGGUCAAAGGUUUUAGAAUACCUACUCAUUCAAGGGUUUUUCUUCUUCUUUUUACUAUUUUCUACAUUGUAGAAUAAAAGUGAAGACAACAAAACUAUGAAAUAACACAUGGAAUCAUGCAGUAACCAAAAAGUGUUAAACAAAUCCAAAUAGCCACUCUUGGCAUUCUCUCAACCAGCUUCAUGACAUAGACACCUGCAAUGCAUUUCAAUUAACAUUAACAUUAACUUUCCUUAAUGCAUUAAUUAGUUGUGUUGUGACAAGGUAGGGGUGGUAUACAGAAGAUAGCCCUAUUUGGUAAAAUACCAAGUCCAUAUUAUGGCAAGAACAGCUCAAAUAAGAAAAGAGAAAUGAAGGUCCAUCAUUACUUUAAGUCAUGAAGGUCAGUCAAUAUGGAAGAUUUCAAGAACUUUGUAAGUUUCUUCAAGCGCUGAUGAAACUGGCCCUCAUGAGGACCGCCACAGGAAUGGAAGACCCAGAGUUACCUCUGCUGCAGACAAUAAGUUCAUUAGAGUGACCAGCCUCAGAAAUUGCAGCUAAAUGCUUCACAGGUAGUGUAUGUUGUCAUUUGUUUUAAGCUUCUGAAUCCUUCUGCCAAAAAAUGAUGGCACCAGAGACGACCACACACACACACGCAGAUAGAAAGGAGUCUUUGUCUGUGGCUGCAAUUCUCACUCACAGCCUCCUCACACCUCUACUCAUCCCAUCCUCCUAUUUCCACCUCCUCCACUCCUCCCUGAGAUGAACAACCAGAUCCACUCUCUUUUUGCCCGCAGCACCUAUUAAUAAGACUUUACAUCAGUGCCUUGCAAAACUAACCUUAGAUCAGUGUGUCGGAGGAAUUACUACUCCAACAGAACAAGGCUUAGGUAUUCUGUGUAGGGUGGUAUUGGGGUGUGUGUGGAUCUGUGCUUCUGUGCUUGGCAUCCACUGUAUUUUCAACUAUUUGUUUCAGAUGGUGUUUUUUGAUUAACUAAUAAGGUAACCUAAUCAUAAUCAUUAUGUAAACUAAAGCAAUAAUUCAUAUAUAUUAAAUCAUUCAUAUAUUUAUCCAUGUGGAGUCUAGACUGUUGUUGUCUUAUAUCGUUAUUUCUACAUGAGAAACCUAAGGACAGGUGGUUGUAAAGCUGUUUUACAGCAUCAACACCUAGCUUACCUGUAUCAGUACUAUCCUGACCACGUAUGUUAUAUCAGAUCUUGAAAUGUGAAGGACUAUACUGUACAUUUAUGGACAUUUUGGACACCUUCAUAAUGAUUUAUUUUGAAAUCAUAUUUAGUCAUAAGUCUAGCACAAUAUAAAAAUGUUCAACUAGUUGUAAAGACAUUUGAUUGACAUGGAAUGAUAUGACAUACAUUUGAUUUAUUAUGAAUGAUUUAUGCAUUAUUGUAAUUGUUGUUUUAAGUUUUGUAUUCUACAAGAUGGUCGAUAUCAUUUCACUACUCCAAGGUUGAAUGAAGGAAAGACAUAAUGAGCAAGGAUGAUGGUGUGUGUGUGUGUGUGUGAGAGAGAGAGAGAGAGAGAGAGAGACAAACAGCCUGUUAUGUAUUAUGACACAUAUGGACAGUUCUGAUGAAGCCUUUUCACUGCAGGUUUUACUAUUCAUAAUAAUAAAAAAAUAUUGUGUAACAACAAAUCUGUGACAUAUAUACACAAUGCAUUCUGAAAGUAUUCAGACCCCUUGACUUUCCCACAUUACAGCCUUAUUCUAAUAUGUAUUAAAUACAAAAAGUUCCUCAAUCUACACACAAUACCCCAUGAUGACAAAUCAAAAACAGGUUUGGAGAAAAGAAACAGAAAUACCUUAUUUACAUAAGUAUAAAGACCCUUUGCUAUGAGACUCAAAAUUGAGCUCAGGUGCAUCCUGUUUCCAUUGAUCCUCCUUGAGAUGUUUCUAGUCCACCGGUGGUAAAUUCAAAUGAUUGGACCUUUUCAGCGGCAGGGACUGGGAGACUAGUCAGGAUCGAGGGAAAGAUGAACGGUGCAAAGUAUAGAGAGAUCCUUGAUAAAAACCUGCUCCAGAGCGUUCAGGACCUCAGACUGGGGUGAAGGUUCACCUUCCAACAGGACAACGACCCUAAGCACACAGCCAAGACAACGCAGGAGUGGCUUCAGGGCAAGUCUCUGAAUGUCCUUGAGUGGCCCAGCCAGAGCUGUAACUUAAUGAAAUGUGGAAAAAGUCAAGGGGUCUGAAUACUUUCCAAAUGCACUGUAUAUAUAUUUUUUGGGGGGGAGAUUUAUUUAGAUUUUCCAGUUAUAUUUUUCUUGUUUGUUUGUUGUUUGGAUAACACUAACUAACACUAACUGGAAAAUAUAAAGAAGAAAAUGAAAUAUAAAACUCUUUUACCUGUAACUUAUGGACCAAACGGAAAAGACUUUGCUCUCUUCUGUCUUAUCAGAAGCUUUCCUGUCUAUUUUGGGCCAUUUCCUGUUGUGCUUCUUUCCCCUCACACAACAAUGGCAAAUUGUGUCACAUUCAACACUGCCACUGUCACAUCUUAUGCUGAAUUUAGGAUCCUGGAAAGUGGAGUGGAGACAAUAAAAUAUAAUUGGAUUUUCCAUAUUUAUGUAUCCCUCCAUACUUGCAGAAUGACAAUUAAGAGCAGAGGCAGAAAUAAAAUGGCAAAACAGCACAUUUCACUGACUGCAUCUAUCCAGUGGGUGGCAAUAAAACAUUUUAAAACACUUUCAUGUUCAAUUGUUGGAUUGUUUUGAAGGGGGUAGUCAUUUUUCUCUGUAUUUUUGCAUUUUGCUAGAGGAUAUUUAUAGGGCUACUAAAAUACAUUCCAUUCACCAUGGUUACCACAUAUUGCAAACUGUGGCGACUUUUCUUGUAUACGUUUUCUAUGCUGUACUGUUUAGCACGUUUUUAGUAUGCUGGGGAACUGAUUACAAGAUCUAGCCAGGACCCUGGCUUGAACCUAAUAUCUCCUGUCACUGUUCACAGAAAGCAAGCAAGAUAAAAGGGCUACACUGUAGAACUCAUUUCUAUUGUCUGACCUCAUUUGAUAGCCUUGACUUUGCAUACAUCCUCUCUUACAGAAUGGCACGCGUGUCAUUUUUCUAUUGCCUUCAAAUGCUGCAUUGCCUAGACUGCACGUAAACACUGAUGAAUAUGUAAAUGAGAUUAAGUGAUUUAUUUGGUGUAACCAUCUCAACGCCAUGUCUCAGCUGUCUGUGUUCUCCUCUUCUUUAUUGUAUUUCAUGUCAAAUCCUUCCCUCCUCCUUCAAAGGGAAUAAUGAAGUGAACCAGAGAAUAAACCUGUUUACUUAGCCAUCAUCUAGACUCAGAAGAGGAACAGAACAAAUGUGUUUUUAUAUCACUUCCUGUGAGAAGGAUGAAAGUGAAUUCAUGUAUUAGCUGCUUCUUGAUUAUAACACAUCCUCUGUCAGAGGUCAUUCCACCGACUGGAGGAAAUCCUCUGCUUUAAUGUAUAUUUAAUCUAUUCUCUAAUUUGAGCCAGCAACAGGCAGGCAGCCACUGGAUUCCUUCCUCGUCCUAAAUAUCACAGUGUUCCUAUCUUCAAUAAACACGUGGAGGAUUAUUAAAGUCCUUCGCAGCCAAGCGACGCUGAAAGACAGAAUGUCACACUGAUAAGGAAUAGCAAUAGGAUUACACAGUUAAACGAUGUUAUAAUCUGAGUUGAACUUUGAACUGUUAACAUUUUCCAAACAGCGAUACUGGCUGAGUAUCAUCCUCUAUGUCCUGGUGUGUGUGUGUUGGUUCUUUUUAUACAUUUUAUUUCACCUUUAUUUAACCAGGUAAGCUAGUUGAGAACAAGUUCUCAUCUACAAAUGCGACCUGGCCAAGACAAAGCAAAGCAGUGCGACAGAAACAACACAUGGAAUAAACAAGCGUACAGUCAAUAACACAAUAGAAAAAAAGAAAGUCUAUAUACAGUGUGUGCAAAUGGUGUGAGGUGGUAAAGGAAUAAAUAGGCCAAAGUAGCAAAGUAAUUACAAUUUAGCAGAUUAACACUGGAGUGAUAGAUGGUGUGUAAGUAGUGAUACUGGUGUGCAAAACAGCCGCAAAGUAAAUAAAAACAAUAUGGGGAUGAGGUAGGUAGAUUGGGUGGGCUAUUUACAGAUGGACUAUGUACAGCUGCAGCGAUCGGUUAGCUGCUCAGAUAGCUGAUGUUUAAAGUUAGAGGUCAAUGUAAGUCUCCAGCUAGUCCCCACAAGGAUAGCAAAACAAGGAAAAUUCUCCCUCGUAGGGAACAUUUCCCACAUCCUCAUGAGGAUAAAGGCUUUUUUAAGAUAAGGCGCUAGGGUUAGAAUUAGGAGUUAGGAGUUACAGGUUAAGGAAAAUAGGAUUUUGAAUAUAAAUACAGUUUAGGUCCCCACGAGGAUAGAAGAACAUCAACGUGUGUGUGCGUGUGUGUGUGCGCGCAAAAUUGGGUCUGGAACAGGACUACACAGAGGCAGUCAAGCUGGCUGUUUAAUCGCACUCCCAAGACACUGGCAGACUUUCUCUGGCUAAAACACAGAGUAAACACACACACACACACUUAGAGCCAGUGAGACAGUGGGGAGUUAAUCAGUACAACUCAUUAAUCAGAGUGAGUGAAUGCACGUCAAUUGAUUAGAAUGGCUAUUUCACUAGUCAACAGUUUAAAAAGGAGCUUCCUUUCCUGGUUUAAUACACAAACUAGACAGAAACAGGCCCAGACUGGCAAGUGGACUACACAGGUUCAAGGUGAAGGAAGGUGGUGUACACUUUUUUUUAAGGCAUGCCACAGUUAGAAAGGUGACAAGUUCACCUGAGAGGACACCAGAGUGUAGAGUCCUCCUGUCUAGCGAGUUUCCUUUUUCUUCCUCUCCCUCGGAUAGGAUAAUCUGACCUCCAACACACACACACAAUGUAUUAGGCAGCGUCAGCAAGCUGAAUUGGAUUUUAUCAGCCUUAUCGAUCAGAUUGUCUGUGUGUGUGUCCGUUCGUAUUCCCCUUCUAUCCUCUCGUGAUGAGGCCACUGUGCUGAUCUUCACCGGGCUAGGUCCCUGCAGGUCUCUCAAUCCCCUGCUCUCAGCCUAUUUCUCGAUCUCCCUUGCUCUCUCACUCUCCAGUGAACAUGCCUGAAUAAGAAAAUUGAAAGAAUACAACAUUUUAAAAAGUAAGCUUUAUGAAACAUCUUUUUGAGUGCGGACCGAUCACACCUUCGUAUUUAUCUGAAUUCAAGGUUUUUACGCACCAACCAAAAUUCCGUGAUGGUCACGUUUUGAUUAACAUGCCUGCGACAGACAGCCAUACAGUGCCUUCAGAAAGUAUUCACACCCUUAUACUUUUUCUACAUUUUGUUGUGUUGCAGCCUGAAUUUAAAAUGUUCUAAAUUGAGAUUGUGUCAUAGAUCUACACACAAUACUCCAUAAUGUCAAAGUGGAAUUUUGUUUGGAGAUUUUAUUUAUGAAACAUUUAAAGCUGAAAUGUCUUGAGUCAAUAUGUUUUCAACACCGUUGUUAUGGUAAGCCUAAUAAAUAAGUUCAGGAGUAAAAAUGUGCUUAAUAAAUCACGUAAUAAGUUGCAUGGACUAAUUCCUUGUUCAAUAAAAGUGGUUAACAUUUUUUUAAUGACUACCUCAUCUCUGUACAACAAUGCACUUAAGUAAAACUGCAAAGAAUGUGACAAAGAAAUGUACUUUUGUCCUGAAAAGUGUAAUGUUAGGGGCAAAUCCAACACCACAUCACGGAGUACCAAUCUUCAUAUUUUCAAGCAUGGUGAUGGCUGAAUCAUGUUAUGGGUAUGCUUGUCAUUAGCAAUAAUUAAAUAAUUUUUUUUGGAUAAAAAAAUCCUAGAGGAAAACCUGGUUCAGUCUGCUUUCCAACAGACACUGGGAGAUGAACUCACCUUUAAGCAGGACAAUAACCUAAAACACAAGGCCAAAUCUACACUGGAGUUUCUUACCAAGACGACUUUAAAUGUUCCUGAGUGGCCAAGUUAUAGUUGACUUAUAAAUUGUCUUGAAAAUGUAUGGCAAUAAUUUAAAAUAUCUGGUCUAGUAAAUAAUCAACAAUCAACUUGACAGAGCUUGAAGAAUUUUAAAAAUAGUCACACCGGUUUGAGUGUGUCAAGAACUGCAACGCUGCUGGGUUUUUCACACUCAACAGUUUCCCAUGUGUAUCAAGAAAGGUCCACCACUCAAAGGACAUCCAGCCAACUUGACACAACCGUGGGAAGCAUUAGAGUCAACAUGGGCCAGCAUCCUGUGGAACGCUUGACACCUCGUAGUCCAUCCCCCGACAAAUCGAGGCUGUUCUGAGGGCAAAAGUGGGUGCAACUCAAUGUUUUGUACACUCAGUGCAUGUCCCCUGUCAGAAGAUCAAGGGAAGUGUGUGAGUGUGUGUGUGUGUGUGUGUUGGACAGGCCCUCUCGGUCCGACUAUUCCUUGUUCUAGUUCUACAGCUAUUCAUCAGCAGAUCAAUGACUAACUUCAGGCUGUGAGAACAUUGAAACACUGCAGACAAAGCGGAUUUUGCUUUGACUCAAAGUUGACCAUUCCAAUAUUCUCUUUCUCACGUACAAGUUGGAAAGUCUCUUCCUUCCGCUAACCAUCCAUUGGUCUGUCCUCUAGGUGCCCAGUGUGGUUGUGCCCAGACAAGGGCUUCGUUAUGGGGCAGGCUGUAAACUACUCCCAGUGACAGGAAGCAGCAGGACAAUGUGUUAGGAGGCUGUGGGGUGGCUGUGGAAUGCAGAGGGCUACAGGGGGUCUGCUCUUAUAGUCUUAUUACUCACUUGUUUGAGAGCUCUAAUGUAGGCCUACUACGUAUUUUUAAUACCUACAAUGGGAAAUUAAAUUGGUCUUGAUCAGGGGUUCAAAGCAAAAUAAUUUUUCAAUAAUUUAGAUCUGAACAGAACCAUAUUUUUUUUUCCGUUCUGCUAUUCCGACCUGCAAUAUCAAAUUCUGAAUCAGUUCGAACCCCAAAAAGGUUCCGGGUUUAUAUCGUUUCCUUUCUGUUCCGCUAAAAUCGAAAUGUUUUCACAUAAGCUCAACAUUAAAUUACUUCACCAAUCAGUGCAGAUAGAGCAGCUUGCUAUGAAGCAGGCAAGCUAUAGUUGUUUGAUCCUAGGCAGCCGGUUGUUUACAUGCGUGAUGGACAGACAAGUGUAGGGCACGACGUGACUGAAAUUUUGCGGGUGGCGAGAGAGGGUGGAGGCGGCGGCUUGAAGCAUUGGGCAUCUUGUUAUGACAUGAAUCAUCUGAAUUAGGCCCACAGAAUUAUAUACCUACAAAGGAGCGGCUUCUAUGGAGGAACAUUGAAAGUCUUUGGACUUACAAGAGCUGGCUUAACGUUGGACCAGAGAUACAAGCUUGUUAGCUAGCUAGCUGUGGGCAGAGGGGCACCAGAAUUAAAAACGCACCUUACCUUUUUGUAGUUAAAUUCAAUGUGAAACGUGAUAGCUAUAGUAUCCGUAACUAGCACUGAAAAUGUUAAUCCAUUCUUUGCUAAUUAAAAACCUCCCCCUAAUUGCUGAAUCAAGCUUGUAACGUCAGUAGGCUACAGUAACCUAAGCUUUAGAAAGGAGAGGGGAAGGUUGCCUACACACGCACUGGCAAAGAUUUUCAGCUGGCAGGCAGACACAAGAAUACGUUUCUAAGUGAAAUAGUGAGGGCUUUGCACAGGUGCCUUGUUGCAAUUUUAUAUGGGACUGAAAGAAAUUUCCAGAAGUAAAACAAAUGUUAUUAACCAGUUCCCAUGCUUUUAAAAUAACGGUUCUGCUCCGGAACAGUAUAGAUCACUUUCGUUCCCGGUUCGGAUUCUGUUCCUCGAACCGGUUCCAACCCCUGGACUUGAUAAGGCACUAACUCAUGCAUGGGUUCAUAUGUUUUCAAGGCAUCGUAGUGUUUACCACUCAAGUCUAUUUGGCUCGGUGUUCAACUAUGACGUGUUAGUGGGAUAGCCUGGAUAUCGGGCUAUGAGAUAUUCCUUUUAUAAUUAAUUAUCAGUCAGCCUGUAUCCCUCCACCCCAGAAAGUUGUGGAAAGCAAUUAUUUGUUGGCUUGCUGAAAACAUCAGGGCAAGGUAAUCGAUCAGAGUAUGACAGGGAUCAAUAGACCUUGUUAGAUGCAUUUAUCGUGCGUGGUUGUGAGGUCUGCUCAACUCAGCGGCUAGACUGUGGGGAUCAAAAAAAGAGAAAGCAACAGAAGUAAAUAAAUCUAAUAGUAAUAGCAGUAUGUUGUGAUGUGUGGCUGUGCUGGCCUCUAGUGGCAAAUCUACGUUAAUACAUCAUGUAAGGUUUUUACAUCUGUAUUGAUAUAGCUGAUCCAGACUGUAAAAACAAGCAUAAAUGGGCUAACAUACUGCAAACACAAAUUAAAAGAUAGUCAAGUCAAGCGUUCUUUAUUGUGCGAUAAUGCAAACGACAAUAAGAACAUGUAUAGUCAAUCUCAGAACAGAGUUCUGUGAGGCAAUACAUGGUCUCUCUCACACACACACCACGUUUCAUACUCAUAAUAUGUGCCUUUAAUAAUGCAGAUUUGCCAGAUCAGUUAGUGUGAGUGGAGUGAUUCUCAGAGCGAAAUAUUCACGUCAGAUCAAGUUGUGUUGGAGACACGGUUGUUCUUUGUAACAGGGGGGCUGCCAGCCGCUCAAUGGAGUAGGCUUUCAUGAAACCCAAAGGAGACAAAAGGAUGCUAAAAAUAAAAAAGGCAACAGUGAUAAUCAUCAUGAUUGUCUUUCAGUGGGGAAGGGACAUGAUUGAUAACACAUUGGUAUCAGUGCUGUAGUCUUUGGAGACUGCGUCCUAAAUUAUAUUGCUCGAACUGAGAUUUUGCUUUCAUUUAAAUCAGUGCUGUAAAGCAUGGUUGGGCUCAAUUCAGUGGAGUUCAGAGUUCCUGUAUAAGCUUAAGUGCACUUCUCGCUAAUAAACCUGAAUGAAACAUAAUGCUAAUCAACAACCAGCUGGGAGGAUGCAGGAAGCCUCCCCUCAUUCAAACCACUAGAAAUGAAUAUAAAGAACAAACUCUACUCUCUAACCUUUAUACCUACCUGUGUGUUACUGCAGUAACUUGGGUCAACAAUAACUUCUAAUGAGAGUGAGAACAAGAGAGAUGGAGUGUUGUCAGCUUGGAGGCUAUCGCCUCCCCUCACUGAUACAGAUUAACCCAGUGACCUCCCUCCCCCUCAUUUGCCUAAUACCCCCUAGCCCACUCCCGGCCUCCCCUUGACCCCUCAUCAUCAAAGCCAAGUGUAUAUAUAAGGCUGCCUGUGUGUAUAUGGAUGAGGACCAGGCCAUUCUCUCCAUUAGGCAGAGUCUGAGAAUCCCAAGGAGAGGGGCUUUAUGCAUAUUAACAAGUCUCUGGUCCUCUGCUGGACUGGCCUAUCAGGUCAGGGGGUUAGAGGUCAGAGCUGGAGCAGGAUAGAACAGUGAUAGAUAGGGCUGACAGACGAGCACAGAUUGCCCCGGGUGUCUGCAAACAGUCACUCCUUCCAUCCAUUACUGAAUAGAUUUGGGUCGGGUGGAUGCUCAGUGACAAUUCUAAAACUUCAGAGUAACACAAAAAAACUUUCCAAAAGAAAGUUACACAAUAAUUCUGCCUUCUCUCAAUAUGGAGUUAGGCCGUAAACUGGGAUAUUUUAUUCAAGAGCGUACAGUACUACUUAGCUAGGAAGCUUUUUAGUCUUACCGACACAGCCCCGGGAUAUGAAACAGCUAACUAGAGAUGAGAAUAGUCUGUGGCCUAAAGAAAGUCUCGAGCUCAAAGCAGCAUGGUACAGUUGAAGUCAGAAGUUCACAUACACGUAGGUUGGAGUCAUUCGUUUUUUACGAUUGCUUACACUCUAAAUUGAACUUUUCCCACAAUUAGCAAAACCUUACACUCAAGGAGCAAAACACAAAGUUAGAUUUGCAUAACUGUAAGCACAUUGUCAGCUUCACACUAUUUGCAAAACAUUACACAGUGAUUUGCAAAACACUAAACACCCUUGUAUACAUCAGACACAGAAGUAUAUCAUGUCACUCCUAUCCUGUCACUAUCAAAUUACCACACCUAUGAGCCAAUCUGUUAAACACAGCCAUCAGGUGCAAACACAUGAUUGCUGAAUUGUAGACGCACUAAUCAGGUUUAAGCACUAUAAAAAUGCAGCAGGUAGGUUCACCUGUCUUCAACCAAAAUGGAAGGAGUCAGAAGAAGAGUGAGGGUGAGAGGAGGAGUACACGGAGGAGGAGUACACGGAGGAGGAGAAGGAAGUAGAGGAAGAGGCAGAGGCCGAGCCAGAGGUCGAGGAAGACCUGAAGCAGGAGGAGAACGUGCACAAAGAAGAGGACGAAACUCAUCAAAUGACAUUCGUGCAACACUAGUGGACCAUGUUGUGAACCACGGAUUGACGCUGAGGGAGGCUGGACUGAGAGUUCAGACAAAUCUUAGCAGAUAUACAGUGGCAUCUGUCAUAAGGACUUUGACAGGAAAACAGGUAAAAGAUCUGUCUACAGUAACAGUUACAGUAAUCAGCUGCUUAUUGUCAGCACCAUAUCAGGACUUGUGAUACCCCUUCCUGUGACAUUGUACAGUAAGUUACAUGUAUUAUUCUCUACAUAGGAUUGGGGGUCAGGAACGACAAGGAGGAAGGGGGCCCAUAUUCAUGCAAGAACAAGAGAGAUAAUAAACAUGGUUUUGGCCAAUAAUGCCAUCAGGCUCAGAACUAUAAGCCAACAUUAUCGGUAACCAUGCCAUUUUCAAUAAUGUCCAUCAGGUCUCUCAGUCAACACUGGCACGCAUCAAGGAAAGACAUCAGGUUCAAAUGAAACAACUUUAUCGAGUGCCUUUUGAGCGAAUUCAGAGAGGGUCAAACAGCUGCAGCAUUGAGUAUGUGGAGGUUUGUAUUGUUCACUUUAGCACUGUGAUGUUGCAUACUGCACACAACUUUUUUUUACAUUGACUGAAAACUAGACCUAUCCUGAACUACACAAUCUUGUCUUUCACUGUAUUUCGGGGAGUUUCGCAGAUGGACGCAGAGGAAAUCCUGCAUGAAUUCAUAUAUAUUGAUGAGGCAGGGUUCAACCUCACAAAAGCAAGGAGAGGCAGAAAUAUCAUUGGCCACAAGGCUAUAAUCAAUGUCCCAGGGCAACAUCACCCUUUGCGCUGCCAUUUCACAGCAUGGAGUUGUCCUCCGUCAUGCCAAAACGGUCCCUUACAACACACCUCACAUUCUCACAUUUUUGGACCGAUUGCACCACAUCGUCCCAGCAGGUAAUGAAAUACACCAGAUGCACUACACGGUCAUCUGGGACAAUGUGUCAUUCCACCGCUCUGCUUUGGUCCAGAACUUGUUUCAACACCAUCCAGUUGACAGUACUAUACCUUCUACCAUACUCUCCAUUUCUAAACCCUAUCGAAGAGUUUCUCUGCAUGGCGGUGGAAGGUUUACAAUCCCAGGCUCAGGUACCCCUCAUUCAGGCCAUGGAGGACGCCCGUGACCAAGUGGACGCCGCAGCUGUGCAAGGAUGGAUUCGACAUUCAAGAUGGUUCUUCCCGCAUUGUCUUGCUAAUGAUGAUAUUGCUUGUGAUGUUGAUGAAAUUCUCUGGCCAGAUUCAGCUAGGCGAAGAGAAUGUAUAGUAUGUUUACUGUAGUAUUUUCUGUACAAUAUUGUCAGUUUAGAUGAUUUUUUUAUGUUGGUUGUUAUUUACUGUAAUUGUAACCUGUACUGGAUACAGUAUUUUACAUUUGUCCGUUGUUUGCCGAGCUAACAGUGUUAUGCACACUACUGUAGUAGCAUGAAAACUGGGACAUGUUUUGUUGUGAUUCUCCAUGUUGACUGAUUUGGGUAUAUGGGCCCCGUUUUCAAAAUUGUGCUUAAACAAUUG